AUGGCGCCGCAGAGGCCGGCCGAGCAGGGGGCCCUGGAGGAGGAGGACGAGGCGGAGGGCGCCGUGGGCGCGGCGGCGGCGGCGGGCGGCGGCGGGGGGCUGGCGGGGCCGGCCGGCUUCACGCCGCCCGAGGGGGGCUUCGGCUGGCUGGUGGUCCUGGCCGCCACCUGGUGCAACGGCUCCAUCUUCGGCAUCCACAACUCCUUCGGGAUGCUCUACGUGCUGCUGCAGGACGAGGCCGACGGGGCCGGCAAGGACCCCACGCUGGAGUUCAAGACAGCCUGGGUUGGAUCCUUGGGGAUGGGCAUGAUCUUCUUCUGCUCUCCCAUUGUGAGCAUCUUCACUGACCGGAUCGGCUGCAGGACAACGGCUGCCUCAGGAGCAGCGAUUGCAUUCAUUGGACUCUUCUCCAGCUCCUUCACAAAGUCCCUUGAAGUCCGCUACUUCACCUACGGGGUGCUCUUUGGGUGUGGCAGUUCCUUUGCAUUCCAGCCCUCUUUGGUCAUCCUCGGUCACUACUUUAAACGGCGCCUGGGUCUGGCCAAUGGCGUGGUGACUGCCGGCAGCUGCCUCUUCUCCAUGGGCCUCCCUUUCCUCUUGAAGAUUAUCGGUCAGUCUAUUGGACUGGCUCACACUUUCCAAGUCCUCAGCGCCUUUAUGCUUGUCCAGAUUUUCUUGUCUUUGACUUUCCGCCCCAUGUUUCCCUCAACCUCUGACCCUCACGAUGUGGAGCAAGUGAAACUGGAUAGUCGAAGCUGGAGGCAGCAGUGCACGUCUCAGAUGCGGAAGUAUUUCAGCAUGAAGGUCUUCAGGAAGAAGUCCUACCGGAUUUGGACUUUUGGGAUUGCAACUGCCGUUCUGGGGUACUUCGUACCUUACAUGCAUCUGGUGAAAUAUGUGAAAGAAGAGUUCAAAGAAAAAGAGUCAGACCAAGGGUGGAUUGUGCUGGUUUGCAUAGGAGCCAUGUCAGGUGUUGGACGCCUGAUUUCUGGACCGAUUGGUGACCUUAUCCACGGACUGAAUAAGAUUUAUUUACAGGUGGCCUCCUUCAUUCUCUUGGGUCUGAUGUGCAUGAUGAUCCCGCAGUGCCGAGAGUUCUGGGGGGUGAUUGUCGUCUGCCUCUUCCUUGGACUUUGUGAUGGACUCUUCAUAACCAUUAUGGCUCCCAUUGCCUUUGAGUUGGUUGGACCCCUGCAAGCUUCUCAGGCCAUUGGGUAUCUUCUGGGCCUGAUGGCCAUCCCCAUGACAGCAGGCCCCCCGAUUGCAGGAUUACUCCAUGACUGUUUCGGGAAUUACCACCUUGCCUUUUAUUUUGCGGGAGUUCCCCCAAUAGUUGGGGGUCUGGUUCUGGCUGUCGUUCCUGUGAUCCAUCAAAGAAAGCUCAGGAAGCAGCAGCUGGAUUCUGGUAAAGACAAGAUGUUAGUUUCGGAGACUGUUAUGAACGGAGAGCUCCUUCCAGGUUCUCCAGCCGUGGAAGCACACAUCUGAAGCCAUCCUUGAGAUCUCCCAGUGCCCACGCACACACACCCUUGCCACCAGCAUUUCUGACGCUGUCUGAGCCGAGCCCUUUCUUAAGAGGAAUCCAGCCUCUCCGCUUGUAGGUAGAGUCCCAUACUGACAAUCCUAAUUGGACAAUUUGCUUUCCUGUUGAUUUUAAUAUCUACAGCUCUUUGCAGCAGAGACAAUUUUACCAGCAGUCUAAUUUGUUGUUAGGCAAUUGUUUUUCUAGAUGACUUAGCAGCAGAUUACCCCUAGGUAUUAGGCACUUAACAAGCCUUUGAUAGGUUUCAUAGAUUUAUUCCCUGGAAAACAGUCCAUAAUUUUUGUCUUGAAAGUGGAGUUUAGUCUCAUUUUAAGCUCCUCUGAAACUUAUUUUUAUAGCAGAAAAAUCCUCAGAGUAUAUUUUAACCAUUCAUAGAGGUGACAAAACCCCAUCAUUCUGGAAACUAUAUUGUCUCCUCUUCUUCCUGACAAUUGUUCCUCCCCGCUUGGCCUAAAUCUGCCUCUGAAUUUAACAUUGGUCACAGCAGUUUCCUGCCAGCUUCUCUAGAUUUUCCGUAUGUUGUACGACCACCUCUUCAUGUGUGACAGGCCUUGUUAGUCAAGGUUCUUCUCAAGUCCUGGGAUGCGUAUUUUGAAGUUUGCAGACUGAUGGUCUUCACCUGCUGCCAGAGGGGGUCGCACUGCAAAGAAUGCUGCUUGAGGGGUGGGCCCAACUUUCAAUUUGGUAAUUUUUAUUUUAGUCAUCUCCAUUUUUAAGACCCGCAUCUAACUUCAGAACCAUUUUUCAGAGGGGAACUAAGAUCCCUGGCCAUAGUGUGCUGGGGCCUUUCUGACCACGAAAUCCUCCAGGAUGUGACAUGAGUGGUGCAGGGACAUUUCUCCAUGGCAAUUUGGAUCCAGUUGCUUGAAGUUGGCAGAACCCUCCUCCUCUGUUCAGGGCAACCUUCCUGACCCAGAUCUUGCAGUCCUUAUGCAGAAACAGACUUCCACUAAGCUUGGAGUUCCCUGGAAAAAAGUGAUUGCCCCAAGGAAAAUGGUGUUCUUUAGUCCCCUUGCAAAUGUACCUGUUUCCUUCCUUAUGAAUCCAGCAGUUUGUGAGUCAGCGCUGGAAAAGCUGGGGAAAGCAGCCAGACAUUUACGCAAACACAAGGAAGAUACGGCCUGAGUGAGAUUUUGCUUUGCAGGGAUCCUCCAUCAAGUAACAUCUGAGUUGCGUACUCUGCCUUGCAUACAGAAAUGGCAGAGAAAUUAGCAGCAGCCAUGUGUCUUCUGAGAGACACUUGCAAGGAAGGGAAUGCCUGAGGAUUGCAGGGGCCUCUGCUCGACAAGUGGGGCCAAAAUACACAGCCCCCCCCCCGUCUGAGAGAGUGCCUUCCACAGGCUGAUCAGGGAUGAGCUGCCAGCACAGGAGCCUGGCACAGCAGCCCCUUGGUUAUGCCAUGGAAGGCUCCAGUUUCUGGACAUUCGGAGGUGUAGAAGAGGCACAGCAGCAAAUGUUCCUAACUUGCACUGCCAUUCAUAAGGUAUGGUACAGAAUCGUUGCUGCAAGACGAGUGAGGCAGUCCUGAGCAUGGGCGCUGUGGUCUAAGACCACUGAAAUCAGUGGAAGAACUCUGCACAGGGGUGUACUGUAAGACCCCAGUUCAAAUUCCACCUCUGCUGGCACUUUUUUUCUAAUAAGCUACUCAGUCUCAACUAGGGUUGCUGACUCUAGCUUGGGAAACCCCUGGAGAUUUAGAGGCAGGGUUUGGAGAAGGAGAGAGAGCUUUGUGGGAUGUGACACCACAGAAUCUAGCCUCCAAAGCUGCCAUUUCCUCUGGGGAAACUAAUUUCUGUGGUCUGGAGAUCAGCCAUGAGAGUUCCACAGCCCACCUGAAAGCUGGGAAAGCGACUUUCAAUCCACUCCUGCCUCCUUGUGCUGCAAUAUGGGGACAAUAAUACUGACCUCCUUUGCAGGACUGUUGGAAAGAAAAAGAAGGUGAUUGUCCAUGUAGAGUGCUUAGAAUACUCCAAAGUGCUACCUAAAUGCUAUGUAGUGUUGUUGCAAUUUUAAUUUUAAAUGUAUCUCACUGUGGGUCUUCGACCCAUGCUGGAAAUCCCUUCAGGUUAUCCCUCCUCACCACUCCUGUGACCAGAAAUUGUGCCUCUGUUCUUGAAAUGGGACAUGAAGUUUCAUGCUAUUGACCAUUACAAACGUUUGGAGAGCUUCUUAUUUUCUUGAAUGUAGCUGAAAGGCAUGGAGUUGGAUCCUGUGGAUACAUUCCACUCGUGGUGAUGCUUUCCCCAUUGUUGAGCCUCUUGCACCAGGGGAAGGCCACUUGCCCUGGGAGAAGGUGCUGCAUUGCCAGAAUAGAUCCUCAGGCCCCAAAACACAAGGUGCAGAGCCAUUAGUCCUGUUCUUCUUAUCAAUAAUAUGAUGUUGAUUAAAUACCUGUUUUCUCCUGGGAGGAACUCGGCUCUUCCCACUGGCUUGCAGCCUGCAGAAGGUCAUGGCUGUCCAUGGUAUCUGCAUCCUUGAUGCAUUCAGUCAUUCAUGAUUUGCUCAAAGACAACAGCAGGAGCAAGAGUCGUAUUAGAUAAGACUGCGCGAUAGGAAGUCGUCAGCUGAUUUGGAGAGAAAGGAACAGUUGACAUCAAAAAGAGCGACUGGUCACAUCGGAAGAGAUCCUGCUAUGUCUGGAGCCCCUCUUGCAAAGUCAUUGGAAGUGGACAUGUUUGAGCCAAGCUCUGGCUCCGGGGACUACUGGCAAUUUUCACUCAGAGUCUUUAGCUGUGGGGUUUUCACAGUCAUUAAAAGUAAACAAGAAGUUGGCUGCUACUGAAACACUAAAAGAAUCUGGUGCCACCCCCUAGGAGGAGAAGGUGAUGAUAAAGGGUAGACAUGGUUCGUAUCUCAGCUUGCACUUUGUUGCAGUCUUUUGAUAUAUCUGUGAAUUUAUUUUGGGGGGAGGAGCAAGAACUGAACAUUUCCACUGCUUUGGAUAUGUGCCAAAUGCCAGUGCUAAUGAUAACAUUGUUUUUCUGUUCCACCCCCAAAAUGUAUCCUUGACAGUUCAUUUUUUUCUGCAAAAACAUGUUGUUUGGGUUGAGGAAGCAGCUUUGUUUGAAUGUUAAGUUUUCAUCAGAAUAUCCAUGAGUCUGUCCCAGUAUCCACAAAACCCUGGAAGCUUUCAUAAAUGUCUUUGUUAGCAUUGAAUUUCCCUGUGUUGGAGGCAAAGAGAGAGCAAGUGAGAGCGCCAGAAGGCGUCACAGUGCUGCCUCUUCCACCAGAGGCCAGUUCACACCAACUUGCUCUCCUUCUUCCUGCGAAAAGAAGCCUCAGACCCAACUUUCACAUUGGAGCGCCAUGGCAACACCCGCUGCACCACCGCUCUGCUCUUCCAUUUUUCACAUAGCAUGAUGCUUACAUAAAAAGAACCUUUCAUGUGGAGAAAAUGAAAUCAAUCAGCUCAAAGAAAGUGCUCUCAAACUAAUAUGGUGGAAAGUGUCAAUUGCAGCUGAUUUAUGGUAACCCCACAGGGUUUUCAAGGCAAGAGAAGUCCAGUAGCACCUUUAAGACUAACCAACUUUAUUGUAGUAUGAGCUUUCAAGAGCAACAGCUCUCUUCG